GUCGAGUGCGGGGAGGGAGGGGAGAGCGGGUCACGACGUUGCCGGGGCGGGGAUAACCCCUCACGUGGAGCAGAUGAAAGGGCCGCGGCGCGACGGCCGGGGGAGCCGAGCCGAGCCUGCGACCCACAAAGCCGCCGCCGCCGCCGCGAUGGGGCUGUGAGGCGUCCGCCAGCGCUCGGUCCUCCGCCGGCCCGCGACUAUGCUCGGCCGCGCCCGCCCUCCGCGCCCUCCCGCCGCAGGACCAUGAGGCCGCGCUCGGGCGGGCGCCCAGGGGCCCCGGGCCGCCGCCGCCACCGCCUCCGCCGCCGCCCCCGCGGCCCCCGCGGCCGCCGCCUGCCGCCGCCGCCGCCGCUGCCGCUGCUGCUCGGGCUGCUGCUGGCGGCCGCGGGGCCCGGCGCGGCGCGGGCCAAGGAGACGGCGUUUGUGGAGGUGGUGCUGUUCGAGUCGAGCCCGAGCGGCGACUACACCACCUACACCACCGGCCUCACGGGCCGCUUCUCGCGGGCCGGGGCCACGCUCAGCGCGGAGGGCGAGAUCGUGCAGAUGCACCCCUUGGGCCUAUGUAAUAACAAUGACGAAGAGGACUUGUAUGAAUAUGGCUGGGUAGGAGUAGUGAAGCUGGAACAGCCAGAACUGGACCCAAAACCAUGCCUCACUGUCCUGGGCAAGUCUGUUGGCAGUGUGUAUAGAAAAAGGAAGCAUUAUAUCCCUGAAGUGAUGGAGCAUAGUCCCACCAUGGCUGAUGACCACUUCUGCUGGGUCCUGGGGGAAAAGCAAACCGUGCAUCACGCCAAGCGGGCAGUGCAGCGGGGAGCCACUGCCGUCAUCUUUGAUGUAUCAGAAAACCCAGAAGCUAUUGACCAGCUAAACCAGGGCUCAGAAGACCCACUCAAGAGGCCGGUGGUGUACGUGAAGGGUGCAGAUGCCAUCAAGCUGAUGAACAUCGUCAACAAGCAGAAAGUAGCUCGAGCAAGGAUUCAGCACCGCCCGCCUCGACAACCCACCGAGUACUUCGACAUGGGGAUUUUCUUGGCGUUCUUCGUCGUGGUCUCCUUGGUCUGCCUCAUCCUCCUUGUCAAAAUCAAGCUGAAGCAGCGGCGCAGUCAGAAUUCCAUGAACAGGCUGGCCGUACAGGCUCUGGAGAAGAUGGAAACCAGAAAGUUCAACUCCAAGAGCAAGGGGCGCCGGGAGGGCAGCUGUGGGGCCCUGGACACGCUCAGCAGCAGCUCCACGUCCGACUGCGCCAUCUGCCUGGAGAAGUACAUCGACGGAGAGGAGCUGCGGGUUAUCCCCUGUACUCACCGCUUUCACCGGAAGUGUGUGGACCCGUGGCUGCUGCAGCACCACACCUGCCCCCACUGUCGGCAUAACAUCAUAGAACAAAAGGGAAACCCGAGCACUGUGUGUGUGGAGACCAGCAACCUUGCGCGCAGCCGGCAGCAGAGGGUGAUCCUGCCGGUGCACUACCCCGGCCGCGUGCACAGGACCAAUGCCAUCCCGGCCUACCCUACCAGGACAAGCAUGGACUCCCACGGGAACCCCGUCACGCUGCUGACUGUGGACCGGCACGGGGAGCAGAGCCUCUAUUCCCCACAGACCCCCACCUACAUCCGCGGCUACCCGCCCCUGCACCUGGACCACACCCUGGCCCCUCACCGCUGCGGCCUGGAGCACCGGGCCUACUCACCAGCUCACCCCUUCCGCAGGCCCAAGUUCAGCGGCCGCAGCUUCUCCAAGGCAGCUUGCUUCUCCCAGUAUGAGACCAUGUACCAACACUACUACUUCCAGGGCCUCAGCUACCCAGAGCAGGAGGGCCAGGCUCCCCCGGGCCUCUCUCCCAGGGGCCCGACCCGCGCCUUCCCCCCGAGCGGCGGCGGCGGCGGCGGCGGCGGCGGCGGUGGCGGCGGUGGCGGCGGCCUGCUGUUCCCCACCGUGGUGCACAUGGCCCCGCCCUCCCACCUGGAGAGCGGCAGCACGUCCAGCUUCAGCUGCUACCACGGCCACCGCUCAGUGUGCAGCGGCUACCUGGCCGACUGCCCGGGCAGCGACAGCAGCAGCAGCAGCAGCAGCUCCGGCCAGUGCCACUGCUCCUCCAGCGACUCUGUGGUGGAUUGCACCGAGGUCAGCAACCAGGGCGUGUACGGGAGCUGCUCGACCUUCCGCAGCUCCCUCAGCAGCGACUAUGACCCCUUCAUCUACCGCAGCCGGAGCCCCUGUCGCACCAGCGACGUGGGGGGUUCCGGUGGCUCAGGCCGGGGGCCUGUCGUGUGCCUUGAGGGCUCCCCGCCUCCAGAGGAGCUCCCGGCAGCCCACGGUCAAGGUGCGGGGCGGGGAGAGCCUUGGCCCAGCCCUGCCUCUCCCUCGGGGGACCAGCUGUCCACCUGUAGCCUGGAGAUGAACUACAGCAGCAACUCCUCCCUGGAGCACAGGGGGCCCGCCAGCUCUACCUCAGAAGUGGGGCUCGAGCCUUCUCCCGGGGCUGCCCCGGAUCUCAGGAGGACCUGGAAGGGGGGCCGCGAGGGGCUGUCGUGUGCCUGCUGCUGCGAGCCCCAGCCCGUCACGCUGGAGCCCAGUGCAGGAGUGGCCGGGGGCAGCACGCUGUUCCUGGGUCUCCCGCCCUGUGAGGCCUGUGGCCCCACGGGUGGGGAGUCACAGCCGGGAAGCUCCCAGGGCCUGUACAGUCUUCACCCAGACCAUUUGGCCAGGACAGAUGGGGUGAAAUAUGAGGGCCUGCCCUGCUGCUUCUAUGAAGAGAAGCAGGUGGCCCAUGGUGGUGGAGGGGGCAGCGGCUGCUACACUGAGGACUGCUCCGUGAGCGUGCAGUACACGCUUGCCCAGGAGGCCCCGCCCAGCUGCCACCCAGGGGCCCGGGACCUGAGCCAGCGCAUCCCCAUCAUUCCGGAGGAUGUGGACUGUGACUUAGGCCUGCCCUCAGACUGCCAAGGGACCCGUGGCCUCAGCCCCUGGGGUGGGACCCUGGGCCCGGAUGCCCUGCGGCCCCACAGAAGCCUGGGAGCAGCCCAGGAAGAAGAGCCGGUUCUCUGCUGCCAGGCCAGGGCACCGCUCUCGCCCGGCUGCCCUUUGGAGGGUGCAGAGGCCACCAGGGCCAGCUUCCCCGGUACCCCCCAGGACACUCAGGAGUCCAGCGCCACAGCCACUGAGGCUGCAGGACCGAGAUCUCGCCCAGCAGACGGCGGCACGGGAGCCUGAGCUCAGAAGGAAUUCUGGAAAUGGGGACUAUAUGGAGACUCCAAGCUCUGACUUCCUUCAGGAAAGAAAAAAAAAAAAAAAAAAAAGAUUUUUUUUAGCUUUGACAAACACACAAAAGUGGUAAUAAAGAGAGCCCUCCUUCUCAACCCAAAAUGUGAGCCACCUGUGGCAAACCGCCCCCAUCCCCACCCCCAUUAACAAACCAACAGACAAAAUUCUCUGAGUCUUUUGCCUCUUUUGAUAACAUGGUAUUCUGUUUUGUAAAGUGUGUGUGCUUGGGGUUCUGAGGUGUGUGGGAUUGAGUUCUCUGCUUUGUUUUUUUUUAAGAUAUUAUAUGUAAAUGUAAAGUUAUUUAAAUAUAUAUUUUAAAGAACCCUAACCACCAACUUUUGCUGAAAAAAAAAAAAAAUCACUGCUGCAUUAAUUGAACCACAUCAUGUGUAGAUACUGUUGUCUCCCCGGAGGGGGCUCAGGCCUUUGAAAAGCUCAGGGCUACACCUGCCUUAGAAAAUGAACCAGAAACUUGAAGUAAAGCUAGUUGAUAUGGGUACAGACUCUGAGGAACAAUGCAAUGCUGCCUCUUUCUUUCUUGUGGCAAAUCCCAACGUGCAAAGUUUUGGGUCUUCUCAGAAGCCAUGCCUCUCCAGCCCACACCUUUAGGCAGCUGAUGGAAACAGCUAGGAACAGGGCGGAAGGUCUGCAGCACUGAGGAGCUGGGACAAGCCAUUGCUACACAAAGCCCCAGGGUGACAGGGACAAUUCAGCCCAGUGUCCUAAGUCUGUCCCUUUGGGUCAGCGUCUUAGGUAAAAGGACAGAGUUCACAAUCCUGAACUUGGGCUUCCUGCUACUGGCUGCAGAAAUGGUUCGAAGGGGUGUGUGGGGACAAACACCCGGGAGGAAUGUAGUUUUGCGGCCUUGGUGUCUAGGGAGCAGAGAGUGUCCCGGAGAAGGGACAGAGGGCGCUGGAGCGUGCCUGCAGGGGGUGCACAGCCAGCAUCCUUGGGCUGCCUUCCUGGGGAUCCCACGGGGUCAGCACCGAGUUCCGUUUGAAUGAUACGUUUCCCAUCCCAUUUCCCUCUGGAAGCUCGCUUCAGGGGUCUUUCAGCCCAUUGCCUCACGGCUGAAAUUGCUCAUCUCACCUGCAAAUGUCUACUAUCCUUUCUACCUAAUGCACUAUUAUGUAUUGAUUCUCCAGGAGACAGAGAAAGAAACUAUCAGAUAGUUUAGACCCAAAGGGAAGGUCUUUGUAUAUUUUUCCAGCCUUUUGCUGUUCUUGUUUUUAAGAGGAAGGGAGAGUUUUAAAACCCAAACCAUUUUUUUUUUUUAAAGAUGUUUCCACUUUUAAAAGGGAGAAUCUAUUUAAAGCUAUUUCAGAUCAGGGAUUGUCAUCCUUUUUGUCCAAUCAAUGUACUUCUUGUUCUUAAGAAACUUUUUUUUAGAAGAAACUAAUCACAUUAGCCCUUGUGUUCACUAACUCCUCUGGUCACUUUGAUUCAUUUGUCAUCUGAAAUGCUCAUUUGCGGAAUAGGAACCUCACAGCCUUGGGUGCCCCCACCCCCCCACCCCCCCCCACCCCCCCACCCCCCCCCCCGCUGCUGCCGCCGCCCUCCUAGUGGGUAAAUAGAGACCACCCUGGGUUGCCAUCAUCGGUAAUGUAAGGCUCAGGGGAAGUCAGCCCAAAAUCCAGAUGAGAAUGUUUUGACUGAGAGUCUCACUGUAUCCCAAGCCUUUUUGCCUUUUUUUUUUUUUUUUUUUUUUUAACCCAGCCUGUGAUGAGGACAUUUACCUACUUGUAGCCAGAUUUUGACAGAAAUUCCAACGUCAACUGAUGGAGCCAUUUGCCAUUUAGGAACUCACCAUGGUGAGAUGUGUCUUCCAGUCCCUGAGGUACAGUCCCUUGGGGGCUGCUCCCCCCACCCCGGGCUGAUGCCCAGCACACCUGUUGGCGAGGGUGUGGGAAGCGCCUAAGCUGUUGACAUGUGAUCCGGGCCGCCUUUAUUUCUCGGGCCAGGAGUAGCAGCUGCUGGGGACAACAGCUUGCAUUACGUGGUUUUAGGGGAAGGAUGGGGGGCAUGGCUUCUAACAUGGGUUGCAAAAACCAGCUUCUCAUUGUUGAGAUUUUCUUGUUUGUGGUUUUGUUUUUUGUUUUGUUUUUAAUGCCUUUGAGUGCAUACUCUUUGAAACCACAGCCCCAAAGUGGCUUUCUUUAGCCCUGCUGGGAAAACUACUCCUCAACAGCCUUAAGCAAUAAAUAGAUGAGUAGAUAAUGUGGCUUCAACGGGGCUUAUUAACAUAAAUGUGUCUGAUUUUCAUUUGAAAGGGCAAUGAUUACAGAUGGCAAAAAGAAACAUUUAAUUGUUAUAGUUUACAGGGUGGUAGAAACAGGAAAAUGAAAUGUUAAAACUUUAAGUAUCAGCCAUUGUCUUAAAUUUGUGUUGGCCCACCAGACAAGGAGGUCACCAGAAUGUAGUGGUAACCCAACUAUAUUGCCUAGGCAUUCAAAUGAAAAGGAAUGUCUUCUUCGAAGUUACAAGACUCCAAUAAUAAUGACAAGUACCUUUGUCAGUGGCCUCUCAGUGGUGUGCUGGGGUCAUAUAGCCUUGGAAACUGGGAGCAUCACAUUUUCCAUUGAGAACCGCCCCCCCCCACCCCCCCAAGCCGAAGUCCCCUGGCCCAGCCCUGGAUAUGGGACAGUCAGACAUGUAAACUGAAGAGUGUUGGAACCAGUUAAAAAUGGUCUUCUGAUCAACAAGGUACCUCUUUGUGAUAGGACACAGCCUCAAUAUGCUGGCUCUGACUCAGUCUCUCCCGCCUCUGUCGAACCCAAGCCAUUUUAUAAAGCCCAAUCUGCUGUCCCACCGCUCAGACCCUCCUCCCUUACGUGCUGCUAGUUUCUACUCAAAGCUCAUGCAUGACUAAUGCUUUUUAAAUGAGGUCUAAAAAAUAAUUACUAAUCAAGAGUAUUAUUUUUUAAACAGACCUUUUUCUAUUCUUUAUAUAAACUCUAUUGUGUUGGUCUAACAAGACACUAUUUUUAAAAAAAUUUUUUUUUACCUUCUCCCAUAGCACUUAAAAGAUAUUUUGUAAAGACUUUGCUGUAAAGAUUUUGUAAUAAAAUGGUCUAAGGGCUCCUUCUCCAACAUUACCAUUUUUUUAAAUGUUUUAAAGGCUAGAAAACAACUUAUGUAUAUUCUGUAUAUGUAUAGCAGCACAUUUCAUUUAUGGAAAUAUGUUCUCAGAAUAUUUAUUUACUAAUAUAUUUAUCUUAAGCCAUGUCUUAUGUGGAGAGUGUGACAUUGUUGGCAUAAUCAUUGAAAAUGACUAACAUGAGGCCCUGUAAAUACAUGAUAAUUGCACACAGAUUUUACAUAUUU